AUGGGAGAUUGGACUUCAAAUCCUAGAGGAUACUCAAUCGACGAGCACCCUGCUCGGACACCAGAGAGGCGUAUCAAGAUUAUUGGCAUCGGUGCUGGCCUAACGGGAAUUCGUCUAGCCGAACAAGUUAAAACGUACCACAGCGACUUGGUGGACCUCGUCAUCUAUGAGGAAGCAGAUCAGGCUGGUGGCACUUGGCAUUGGAAUAGAUACCCAGGAGUCGCCUGUGAUGUGCCAGGAUCCAACUAUCAAUACAUCAAGGAACCCAAGACAGAUUGGAAGAGCUUCUACGCAUCGGGUGCCGAAAUUCGACAGUAUUAUCAGGACCACGCCAAGAAGCAUGAUCUCAACAAGUACAUUAUUUAUAAUCACGAGGUCGUCGGUGCGAAGUGGAGGGACGAGACUGCAGAAUGGACAGUCACAACGCGAGAUCAAUUUGGGAAAGAAACACUCGAUACUUGCAACGUCUUCAUUUCUAUGAGAGGAAGUUUACAUCACCCCAAAUGGCCAGACUUGAAGGGACUGCCAUUAUAUAAAGGUAUCUUGGUGCACAGUGCGAGGUAUCCCGAAGGACUCGACCUGACAGGAAAACGCGUCGCAGUUAUGGGAUCAGGGUCAUCAGGACUACAGAUACUUCCUUCCAUUCUGGAUAAUGUGGGUCGCCUUUACCACUGGAUUCGAUCUCCAACGUGGAUCGUCCCAAGCGUCGGUGCAAUGUUUGCUGGGCCUGGAGGUACAAACUUCGAUUACACCGAGGAAAAGAAAGAGCAAUUUGCUCGAGAUCCAAAGCAUUACCUGCUGUAUCGCAAGGCUAUGGAGAGUGAACUCAACAAGCGCUUCCGAUUCGUAAUCUCAGGGUCAGAGGAAUCGAAAGCCGCGCGCGCCAAUUGCGAGGAGACAAUGCGACAGAAACUUUCUACCGUGCCGCACAUCGCAAACAAGAUCAUCCCAACGGACUUCGAUGUCGGAUGUCGUCGUCCUACCCCUGCUCCAGGCUAUCUCGAAGCCCUGUCUAAUCCCAAAGUGACCGUCUUUACCGAGGAACUCAGGGAAAUGACGGAGAAAGGGUUUAUAGAUGCCGAAGGUGUCGAACACGAGGUGGAUGUAUUCAUUUGCGUGAGUUUGACGCAACGGGCUUCGACACGACGUGGAAACCCCUACUUUCCUAUCGUUUCUCGAGGCGAAAACCUCCAGGAUCGCUGGACGGUAGAACCUGACUCGUAUAUCUCAUAUGCCGUUCCCAACUACCCCAAUUUUCUCAUCGCUGCAGGCCCUUUUGGCGCUACUGGUCAUGGAUCUGCCGUGCCUAUCACUGAAAUCAUGAUCAAUACUUUCUUGAAAAUCGUUCGGAAGAUUGGGGAAGAACAUAUAACAUCCAUGGAACCAACUGAGGAGGCGACGAGGGACUAUAUGGAGCAUGCAGCACUUUUUCUGCAACGAACUGUGUGGACUGGAAAGUGCAGCUCGUGGUUUAAGAAGGGUUUGUACGGUAUUCCGCACCAGUAUCCCGGUUCGCGGGUACAUUUCAUGGAAGAAGCCCUCUCUUUCCGUCCGGAGGAUUGGAAAUAUACUUAUGCAUCGGGGAAUCGUUUCCGGUUCUGGGGGAACGGGUUUGCCCAGCGUGAAUUCGACGGAAGGGACAACAGUUGGUAUUACGGCCUCUUGGACGGCAAGGAUGAAAUGCCCGAUUAUGCGGAAAUUUUUGCCGAGUAUGCCAGGAAAGACUAG